AUGCAAGCUCCAAUAGCAUUCUCCAUAUGUCGGAGAGCUCUGGCGUCGGGCUGCCGAUUCAACAAUACUCUUCCAAGGCAUCUCGCCACAAUCCCAACCACUGAUGCAGAUAGCUUUGCACCUGGGACUCUGGUCUCAUCAUCACCACAUCCAAUUUCACACAUUCGAUUGCUCAAGAUUAUACCACACGAGAAUGAAUCAUUGGAGGAAAGGAAUGGCAGACUACACAGAGAACGACUACAACACUUCCAUCACCAGUUCUGGAUGGACAAUAAUAUGGACUUUGUUGCUGCAAAGGACAACUUUGAGACCGAGUUCAUGACUCAACACGGCCGCCCAGCAGCACCAUCCGACCUAUCUCGCUUCUACAGAUCCUAUCUAGAAUCAUCAUACGAUCGACACGCAGAGUACAACUACAAGGUCUGGAAGUCAUCGUUCGAGGCCCUUGUGCCGGCCUUCCAAUCGGAAUUCUCAAGAUGGAGGAGGAGGGUGUUUGCUGCGAGAGAGGAGCGGUUGCCGUGGGCGCCGCCGAGACCGUCGUGGAGGCGAUCCUUCUCGAGGGGGUUGGCGCAUCUGGGAUAUGGGUAUCGGGCUGUUGGAGUUACCGUAAGAUAG